CUCUGUCGCCGUGGUGGUGGUGGCGGCGGCGGCGGGCUGCGAUGGACCGGAACCCCUCACCGCCGUCCAGCGAGGCGGAGGAGGAAGAGGGGGACGCGGUGGGGAACACAGUGUACAGCAAGCACUGGCUGUUCAGCAUCCUCACCCGCCUCAUCGAGGUGAUCAGCCCCGAGAAGACGGAGCCCGCCGGGAGCCCUGAGCGAAGCCAGACGGAGCUGGACGAAGAGAUGGAGAAUGACAUUUGCAAAGUGUGGGACAUGUCGAUGGAUGAGGAUGUUGCUUUAUUCCUUCAGGAAUUCAAUGCCCCUGAUAUAUUCAUGGGAAUUUUUGCCAAGUCAAAAUGCCCUCGUCUUACUGAAAUCUGUGUAGGAAUAUUAGGAAAUAUGGCCUGCUUCCAAGACAUAUGCAUGUCCAUCAGUAAAGAUGAGAAUCUUGGCCAAGUGCUGCUGCAACGUUUGUGCGAUUCAGACUCCCCAACUCUUCUGGAAACAAGCAGGUUGUUGUUAACUUGCCUCUCCCAGCCUGAGGUGGCCAAUGUCUGGGUGGAGAGAAUCCGAGAAAACCCUUCUGUGUAUGACUGUGUCUGCUUUAUCAUGUCCAGCUCUACAAAUGUUGAAUUGCUGGUAAAAGUGGGUGAAGUGGUGGACAAACUCUUCGAUUUAGAUGAAGAGCUAAUGUUAAACUGGAUUAAAAAUGGCAGCUGUCGAUCUGUGGGACCAUCUGUAGAUGAUUCCCCUGAAGAACUUCCAGAUUUUAAGAUUGUGCCUUGUAUACUUGAAGCAGCCAAACAAGUCCGAUCAGAUAACCCGGAGGGACUUGAUGUUUAUAUGCAUAUUUUGCAGCUCCUCACCACGGUGGAUGAGGGAAUUCAGGCUAUUGUGCAGGCUCCUGAUGGAGGAAAAGAGACUUGGAGUUUGCUUUAUGACCUCGUUUGCCAUGAACUUUGCCAGCCGGAUGAUCCACCAGUCAUUGUGCAGGAGCAGAAGACUCUGUUGGCCUCUAUUUUAUCUGUGCUGUCUGCUAUGUUUGCUUCCCAGACAGAACAGGAAUACACCAAGAUGAGGAAAAAUAUGCCUCUGAUUGGGAGCUUGAUUCGUAUCUUGCAAUACAUGGAGGGCUGUGGGAAGAGAUCUGCUGAUAACUCAAAGGAAUCUGAAGAAGAAGAGGCUGGAAGGACUGAUACAAAUGAGGAGGAUUUCCAUUUGAAAAUUUUGAAGGAUAUUUGCUGUGAAUUACUUUCCAAUAUGCUUCAAGAACUGACCAAGGAGAAUACAUUGGAAGGACUACACCAGGGACAUUUAAAUGAGCAGACAUGUUCCUGUGCAUUUCAGAACCUCUUACCAUUGUAUUUUGCAUCAGUGGAGAGUUUCCUUGAAGUUCUGCGUGAGACUGAUCAGACCCUGGCUGACAAUCUGGAGAAGCGUUUCCCAAGCCUGAAGGUUCACACCUAAGAAUGUACAUGAAAUAUUUUCCUUCAUUGGAAUGAAGAGUUGUGACUGUUCCGUUGCUGUGUUUCAGAAAUCAAGUUUUCAGUAAAUGCAGGAGAAGGAAGCAACCUCCUUACCAACAGGUGGCUUUUAAGAAAUGUUCUAGGUAGCCCUGAUUAACUCAGCACUGAUCUGGUCUGCAGGGGUGGAAAUUGCUGUAUAUUUAGUUCUGCAUCUUCCACCCUGUUUGCUUUGUUGAUGAGAAACUGUUCAUUCAGUCCUCUGCAGCUGAUUUACAUUUUCUUAGUUACUCUUGAUUCUGUGCUUUUCAGCUUAAGUUGGAACAGCAAAGUUACUGAAAUGCUCUGAGUAGUUUUGUAACAUGAUGCUGAUUUCUUCACAUUUGCUGUUGGGAAAAGGAGGAUUUAACAUAGGAAAUCCCAGAUGUCCUCUGCCUGUGGACCUUCAACCACCUGAUAAAACCAGAGUUAAAUCACACAGAGUUGUUUGGAGCUGUUUCCCUUUCUUUGUUGUUGUUUUGUUGUUGUUGUUUUGGAUUUCUUUUUCUUCUACAUCAUAUCAGUACCUUGAGCAGGUAUUGUGGCAGAAAGGUUUCAUUUUAUUCCUUUAAAAUCUUCACCCAUCCUACAUCGAAGCCUCUUCCGCAAUGCAGCUCUGAGUUGCGGUGUUUGGGUCCUGUGCAUUUUGAAGGAUUUUAGAGUAUAGUCUGUGCUGCAGCUUCCAAAAUUGCAGCCACUAAUCCAGAGUUGAGAGUUGUAGGACAGAUUUGAAUUUCAUUUGUGGUGUACUUGCAAACUUUCUACUCUUUUAAAACAGUCUAUACUUCACUUUAGGAGUUUACUGUGUAUCAGACAGAUCUUUCCUCAUUCAUGGGUUUUCUGCAUUAUCUGUGAAUGACAUGAGGAGUGCCAUGCUAGCUUUGGUUUUUCAGAGUAACUUAAGGUAUUAGUGCCACUUACUGUAAAGUCAGCCUACAGUCUUCUAAAAAAUCCCAUUUAAUGACGUUGUAUUUUAACUCCACUAUAUUUUUAGAUCCAGUGCAGCUGACAUCUUCUGUAAAGACAGUAUAACAACACAUCAGCUCCAGAGUUCUUUAGACGAGAGUGAAAACAAUUGAUCUUUAUAUUAAGUUUGAGAUGUGAAAGAAAAUGAGAACCAGAGCAUAGUGAGUAACUUAACACCAUGUAGACAAAUUUCCUGGGUUUCUAGUUUUUUGUAGACUAAAUAUUGUGCUGGGCUCAUCUUUUGCUUGCCCUGGGUUACCUGAACAUGUGAUCAAAUGCAGUAUGUGUAUAUGUAUAUAGCCUUUUCAACCAAACUUCCAGUUUUCAACAAUGGAGCAAUUUUCAUCAUUCCCUUGAGCUGCCAGCAACAUCUUAGCUGUCAGCAGAGGGUUUAGAGUUAGAAAUAUCUGACUCAUGUCACCAAAAAGAAUUGCCAUGGUUUCUAUCAGUUUUGUAUGCAAUGUUUAUUGGAGAAAACUGCUAACUGUGAAUAGGAUGACAGCAUUUUACAUACUACUUUGACAGUUUGGGGGUAUUUUCUUACAUCACAGAUUUGUAAUAAAGUUUCUUUUUUAAAAAAGCAAA